CCAGCAGCCAUCAUGCCUCCUAACUGGGGGUGCCAGACGCGCGUCUAACUAGACUCUUCCGUGCUGGUCGCCGCGCGCUCGGGAUGUUCCGGAGUAGCCUCCGCCGCCUGGUCUGUGCGCGCGGGAGGUUGCGCGCGCCCUUCAGCACCCCGCCCGCUUGGUAUCACUUGCUGAAGCAAAAAAAAUUGGAGAAAUCAGUGGGAGAAAUACCCUAUAAAACAAGCUUCUUGAAGCCCUUAAAAUCACUGGAGCCUAAGUCACUGUUGAAACUACUGGAAGCAUCUAUAGUACAUGCAGAUGGUACACUUGUGGCCAUUAGCAAACCUUGUGGUAUCCCUGUAACAGGCAAGUCAGAGGACUUGACUUUGCAAUCUGUUCUACCACAGCUAAGCCAGAAACUAAAUCUCCCACAAAAUCUCCAGGUGAUCAAAGCUCCAGAAAAGGAAUAUUCUGGACUUGUUCUGCUGUCAAGCUGCCCAAACACCACCCGGUAUCUCCAAGAUUUUUAUAUUGGGUGUAAGAAUAAAAAACAUCCAGUUGCUACUUACUGCGCUGUUACUACCAGGACUCCAGUAGCUAUGGAAGGGGAAAUUCAUACAGGCCUCAAGCUGGUGAAUAUUGAUGGUUUUGACCUGGUGGUGCCAGUGGCUUCCCCUUCUCAUAAGAGCCUCCAAAGAAAGGAGGUAAAAAAGACACUGACGUACUACAAAGUGCUAGACUCAAAUGAAGGCUGUGCCUUGUUGCAGCUGCAGCCAGUGACAACCUUUCGGAACCAGCUCUUGGUACACCUGACGUUGAUCCUCAGCCCGGUGCUAGGGGAUCAUGUGUAUUCUUCUCGGGUGGGAACGGUUCUUGGAGAACCUUUUCUCUUGUCUGCUGAGAAUGUUCUGCCUCGGACACAGGUUCUAGAGGAACAUCUGAUGAAAAAGCUCCAGGUGCAGCAACAAGUGAUGUUUCGCUUGCAGCUUCACCUCCACCUCCACCAGCUUCUCCUCCCAGAUGACUGCUGUACUUCCCGCACUAUACUGGUGGCUCCUCCUCCUCCUUUUUUCAACCAGACACUUCAUAAUCUUGGACUUAACUUCCCCCCUGAGAGAAACAGGCAGUGAAAAAGUAUGCGAAGCGCUUGCCUGAAUUCAGUAAAUGCUGGCUGCCCAAUCAAGUGGAUAUGGCUGCCUUAAAAUCCAGCAGAAGACCUUCCACACAAGGAAAAGUUCCUGUAGUUGUGGAAGAAAACUUUGCUCCUUCUGGAAAGAGGCUCAGGUGUAUAUCGUGUACACUAGAGUUGCUUGAAUAGGUGACAUACAAAUGACUGAAAGUGAAAAAGAGCUUAUCAAAAAGUGUCAUAGGAGGGAAAUUUCUAGGUAAAAAGCUCACUUGUAACCAGCUGGUAUAAUCUGGCUACAGAAGGUAUUUUAAAGUGGGCGUUUCUGGUUGGUUUGUUUUUUUUAAAGCUGUUCCAACAGCCAUGGAACUACAUUUUUUUAACCAUCAAUCCUUGUGUGUAUGUGUGAUAGUGUCAAAGCAACCCAGGUCCUAUUAUUAUUAGGAUUUAUGCGUUCUUAAUGUCCAGAUUAUAUAUUGUUGUGUGAAGAUAAGCGUACUUAGUGUUUUCUCGAUGGAAUAAUGAUACCUCCUAGGUGGAUAGGAAGGGGAUGAGCAUCCAGCCACAGAAAAAUUAGGGAAAUGUUCUCUUCCAAAUAUUUUUAGUUGCUGAAUGAGUUACCAUAUUGAAAAAUGCAAAGGAGAGCUCUGAAUUUGCAGAACUAUUUUGCCAAUAAAUUACUUCUUUGGCAUACAGUACAGUAGGUGGUUGCUGCUGAUUCCAGAGGAAUAUUUAUGUCUUGUUCUCAGCUGCUUGGAGCUAAGAGUUUUCAUGUCAAAAAGUGUCUAGUCCACUCAGAUAUUCUCAGAGUGACUUAGAUCAGGCAAUAGUCUAAUCUUAAAAGAUGUCAGUAUUUUAGUAAAACAUUUUAAUUAAUUUUCAGGAUACAGAUGCCUUCAAAGUUGUCCUGAUGACUAACAUGCACUGUGAUGAUAUUGCCUGAGGUAGAUGGCAUUACAGUAUUAAACACAAAGAGGUAAUAUCAAGCAGGAGAUAGAGCUACAGCAAUAAAAACACAGUUUAUUUUUCUUAGGUUUAAUUAUUAAAGAUUUUGAACUAAUGAUGAACAGCAGGACCUUUACCUAAGCUGCUUCUUCUUUUCACCUCUUAUCAUUUCUGGACCCAGGAGUAAGCAAGUUUUUAAGUUUUGCAGUUCUCGUAAUUUGAAAAUAGCUGGACACAUUCAAACACAUGGCGCCUAUUCCUGGCAGCUGUCUCUUUUUCAUUAUUGUUCUAUGUGAAGGGCUCGGUGAAAGAAAGCUUGCCUUCUAAUAUGCUAACCUAAAAGUUUUCUCUCCUGUAGUUCUCCUAUAACAAGGAAUACAAGUUGUGUUCAGAAGUGGGAAAAAACCAACAAAUUAUAUGUUGUCUUAGGCCUGAUGCAACCAUGUUAUGUGAACAAAGGCACUUUCUUUUGCUCGAUGAUUAUGACUGAUGCUGGGAGAGCUUUGGAGCAGUUUCCCCAGUGAAAGGGAGGGGCAGGGUCCUAGUUUUUUAUUUAUCUGACAGUAACAUCAAGAAUUGCACCACAUCUGCAGAUUCUUCUCCAAGACCCAAAUAUGCUCUAUAAAAAAUGCAACCUAGAAUUUGUUUUGAUAAAAAAUGUCAUCUAUUCCAGUUGAACAUGCAGAUGGCAACAUAAGGUCUCCAGUUUCACUGGACUUGAGAGAACAAAGAGGAACUGAAAUGUAUGCUUGUGAAUAGUGUUCGCAACAUCUGGAGAAACUGUAGAUCAAGGAUAUGCAGCCUUUGUUAGGUUGAAGACCUAAAAUACUUGAUCUUAGAGUACCAUAUAUACUCAUGGAUAAAUGAGAAUUUUAGGUGCCAAAAUACAGCCAAAAUAUUGUGUUGGGCUUAUUGGUGAGUAUAUAUGGUAAUAAAGUACCCUUAUAUCCCAUACAUACUUGUGUAUAAGACCAUCUGCAGGUAAGCUGACCCUUGAAUUUUUAACCAAAAUAAUAUGAAAUACAUCACAUGCAGAUAAGCCAAU